AACAGCAGCAGCAACAACAGCAACAGCAACAGCAACAACAGCAGCAACAACAGCAACAUCAUCAUCAGCAGCAACAGCACCCACCCACCCACAUGCCACAACCCACCCAUAUACCCACACACCACUACACCAACAUGGGACCACCAGCCACCAGUCCAUUGACCCCUUCACUGGACAUGCACCGGCACUCCAAUCCCACACCAACGCCGGAAGGCAUAACCACUACCAGUGACGAUAGCGAUGACAGCACACCGCACCAAACUAUGCUUGCAAUCAAGAGGGAAAGGCUAUCUCCCGAACCGUUAGAUGGAUGCGGGAUCAUGAAAAUGCAACAAAAGAAGCCGAAACCGACCAAAAAGAAAAAGAAAAGGGAUCCCAACGAACCACAAAAGAUAUACGGACAAAACAAAAUGUUAAUAACAGUGUACAAGAAGAAAACGGAAGCCGCCAAAAAGGAUUACUUGAAGGCCUUGGCUGCAUACAGAGCGAGUCUAGUGUCGAAGGGAGGGGAACCAGACUCGAACAUGUACGCUGGAGGGUACGUGGGCAGCUACGGUGGCGUGUACAACGGAUACUCACCACCCGCGGGCCUACCGUCGCCACCCAUGUCAGUGCCGUCGCCUCACUCGCAAGUCCACGGUCAAGUCAAAAAGUCCGCCAUGAUGAUGGACAAUCGGGUCCCGGUCAUGAACAGCCACCCGCAAAACCACAACCAAUCGCAACAGACAGCCGGUCUGAUCGGCAGCCACAACCAGGUCGCACCAGGACUGAACCAUUUAUCACAGCAUCCCCAGGGCGGACUUCCCCCGUCGCCGCAACAGUCACAGCCUCCGACGUCACCGGCCAAUGUUUCGUCAUACUGGCCGUGGUGUUUCAAUCCAACGCAAAACAGCCAUUAGCCGGUGUCUCGCCGACACCAGCUCAGUUGCCGUUCGGUCGACGUGUGCAUACGAAACGGAUGCGGCAACGACGACGUAUGUCUCUCACCGGAAGUCGGAUGGGACGACGAAUAUAAUCGCGGUUACGAAUGGCGGCCCCGACACUGCAAAAUUAUGGUGAACGACUGGUCUUAAGGACGC